CAAGAUUCUUAAUUUAUAAAGCAUAUUAUGACGUAUCACGCAUAUCUUGUAAGAAUCGUUCAGCGGCUAUAAAUUGAGACGAAGAUGAAGCAUUAAGCAGAAUCAAAGUGGAAUAAGUGCGAUUCCCUCUCCUUCAUCAUGAAGCUCGUUGGUAUUGCAAUAUUACUUUCAAGCCUAUUGGUUCAAGAAGCAUGCCUAGUUGUUGGCGACGUUGGCACAGCUAAUUCUUACGGACCUCCAUACAUACCGACGGCGUGUGAUGGGAGCAAGAGAGAGCAGUUCCCGCCGGGGAAUCUGUUCGUGGCGGUGAGCGAAGGGCUGUGGGAUAACGGAGCGGCCUGUGGAAGAAGAUACAGAAUAAGGUGUGUGAGUGGACAUAAUAAGCCUUGCAAAUCAGGCAGUGUUGACGUCAAAGUGGUUGAUCUCUGCAAGAAAUCGCCAUGUCCUAACACUAUCCUCCUGUCCAGAAGUGCCUUUUCCACCAUCUCCCGCUUCCAUAAUGCUGACAUCAACAUCGAAUAUAUCCAGAUAUAAUGAUACAGAUUCUCGAGAGAAAAUGUACAGCUCAAGGAAUAAGGAAGCUUUUGAUUCAGAACACUGCAAGCAGAAUGUGUGGAUUUCUGUCAUGUGAUUUAGAUUAUGUGUCUGAUCCUUGUUUGUAGUACGCUAGAAUGUUAAAUAUACAAGUUAAGAGAAAUUACGCUUUCUCAA